AUGCAACCAAUUAAUAUUCUUCUAAUGUUUAUUUUUGGUUAUUUAACAUUAUUAGCUAUGACUUGUGCUCUUUCGGAACAACAAUAUCAUAUUGUCAAUAUGCGAAUGAAACGAGCAUUAGCAAACAAACGCUUCUAUGAUUUUGGUUCACGAUCAAUUAAUAUUAAUGAUGACAGUACACGAGAUUCAAAUGAUGAAUUUGAUCGUAUUCAACGAUUUUAUGAUUUUGGUACACGAAAACGUUUCUAUGAUUUCGGAUCCAAGAAACGUUCGAAUGAAUAA